CUCACAAUCAGACGUGUGUGCAGUGAGACAGUCGGCGUGGUGAGACCUCAGUCCUGUGCUGGGAUCACAGACAGACAUGACUCUGCGAUGGAUGUUUUUCCUGCUCCUCACCCCUCUGCUGGCAGCACAAWAUAGUGGUAAGCCCUAUCCCAAAAAUUAUGGAAAACCCCAGGAAGGAGAGAUAUGCCGGCAGCCCCAGUGGGACAAAAAGCUUCGCUUUAACCCAAAUCAGCAAUUUUACAAUUUCAAUGAAGAAGUGACRCUGAGCUGCUUUGUGAACAGCACUCUUCCCCUUGCUGUGAUCAGAUGUGCUUCUCCAGGUUGGGAGGAUCCUUGGGAGGUGAAGAACAUUUGGGGAAUAUGGCUUAAAAUAGAAGAAGACCUGAGCUGCACCAACCAGGUAAAGUGCUCAAAACCUCAAUGGGAUACAAGACUUGGGUUCCUAGAAAGCAGAAAUAAAUACCCACAGAACAAAGAACAGACACUGACCUGUCCUGAGGGUCUCGAGCCAUCCUUCCCUGAGGUCAAAUGUUCAAGGGAGCUUCAGGAAGUGAGUUCUGGAAAACCAGUCUACGGGGAUGCCUGGUGGGGCAGGAAGAACACAGGUGCCUGGAUGCGCAUUGAGAGUGGCGUAGUGUGUAUGGAAACGUGCCAAAGGCCCCCAUGGGAUUCCAGACUCCAGCUGACACCCAACCAGGAGAGGUAUGGGAAGGAUGAGAAAGUGACACUGAGCUGCCCUGAAGGUUUCCAGCCAUCCUUCACUGAAAUUGAAUGUCGGAGGGAAGUCCGGCACAAUGAUGAUGGGAAACCUGUGGACAGACUCUCAUGGUGGGCAAAGGACUCCUACAAUGACUGGAUUCAGAUGCCAGAAGUGAAGUGUAUCGCUCUCCCAGGAAGGUGUCAAAGGCCCCUGUUGGACUUCAGACUCCAGCUGGCACCAGACAAGAAGAAUUACAGAAAKUAUGAGAAAGUGACACUGAAAUGCCCUGAAGGUUUCCAGCCACCCUUCACUGAAAUUGAAUGUCGGAGUGAAGCCCAAUACAGCAAUGAUGGGAAAUAUGUGGACGGAGCAUUUUGGUUUGGAAGAGACUCUGGAGGUUCCUGGGCUCGCAUUCAGUCCASAGUUGUGUGUGUUGUUCUGCCAGGAAGGUGCCAAAAGCCCCUGUUGGACUUCAGAAUUCAGCUGGCACCGGACCAGAAGAAGUACGAGGAGUAUGAGAAAGUGACACUGAGCUGCCCUGAAGGUUUCCAGCCAUCCUUCACUGAAAUCGAAUGUCGGAGGGAAGCCCAGCACAAUGAUGAUUGGAAACCUGUAGACAGAGAAUUUUGGCUUGGAAAAGAYUCCGGAGGUUCCUGGGUCCGCAUUCAGUCCAGAGUGGAGUGCGUCGAUGUCCUCCAGGUCAACCAUGAGACCCUGGAGGUUUCCAGCACCAGCAUCAAACUGAACUGGACCUGCAGGUUCCCUGACGCCUGCCAGGGCAUAAGGGCCAUGUGCCGGCUGUCAGUGCCUUCCUCUCCUUCCUGUGAGGCUGAGGAGGUGAAUGGAGAGCAGAUGUUACAUGGCCAGGAGGGAACAUUCACCUGCUCCUCUUUGCAGCCCUUCACUGAGUACAGCGUCACCAUGGAAUUUUCUCCCAACACAACCCUUUUCUCAUGGGUGUUCAGGACAGGGGAAGCAGUGCCGGACAAAGUGGAGGASCUGUGGCUGGAUCCKGASAGCGGCUCUCUCAGGUGGAAGGCGCUGUCCUCCUGCAAAGGGAAGAUCACCGGAUACAAGCUGAGCAUCACUGUCAGGAACGCGGGGGACAGCAGCGCGCUGGAGACGGAGCUGCGGCGCCUGGAUGGCUCYGUCACCGAGUACCGRCUGCCGGAGCGCAGCCCUGCCAGCAGCUACGCGGUGACGAUCCGGGGUCUGACGCUUGCUGGAGCCGGCCCUGCGCUGAUGAAGGAGUUUCAGGCCAGCAGCUCCGACAMCCCGCACCCGCUGGACAUCAGCUGCCGCAGCGCCCGCGACAUCGCCCCAUCCCAAGGGACGGCCGUGCUUGCCCUGAGCCCCAUCGCCCCUCCGCCCGAGGCGGUCYUGGGACACCAUCUGAUCGUGGCCGCGACGCAAAACAGCUCCGUGAUCAAGAGCAUCUGCGCGGGGCAGCUACCGUUCCUCAAUAACAGCAUCUACGUGGCCGCUCAUCUCAACCUCACCGCCCCCAGGGAUUUCGUGCUGGGCGAUGGGAGCCACGGGUUCCAGUACCACAACCCCACCCUGCACCCGGGCUGGGACUACUCGGCCGUGCUGCUCCUCGAACGCCCCUUGCCACAGCAGGUACAGAAGCUCACCUGUGUCUGCUACAGCUUCUCCCUUGGGCAGCAGGCGUCAUCUCUGCUGGACAGGAAGCCUGUGGUUAUGGCAGUAGCACUGACUGUUGCAAUCCUGGCACUGGGUAUUUUGCUGCUCUUUGUGCUCUUCAGGCUAAAGCACAACAAAUCAAAAACCUCAGAGAACAACAGCACUAUACCCCUGAGAGGAUGUCGAAAAGAAGUAUGCAAGACAAACACAAAAAUCCCCGUGGAGGAGUUGCUGGAGGCUCUGAAGAUGUUUAAGAGGGAAGAAAUAGAGGCAGAGCAGACAGAUGAUGAAUCAGUCGACAGGCAUGGUGCCGGGCUCCUUAGAGAGUAUCAGCAACUGUCCUCCACUUUGUUGCACGCCUGCAAUGCUGGGAAUGAGCUAUGUAAUCAGAGCAAGAACCGCUACAAGAGCAUCAUCCCAUAUGAUCACUGCCGUGUGGUACUGCAGCCCUCUGACACCGGGAAUGGUUACAUCAAUGCCAGCUAUGUGGAUAGCUACMGAAGUCCACGCUUCUUUAUUGCAGCUCAAGGUCCUUUGGCUGGCACAGUGGUGGAUUUCUGGCAGAUGGUGUGGCAGGAGAAGACCUCGGUCAUUGUGAUGCUGACAGGCUUAGUGGAGCAGAACAAGGUCAAGUGUGAGCAGUAUUGGCCAGAGCAGGAGCAGGUCUACGGCGACUUUACCGUGACACUCAACAACACCUUGACCACCACAGGCCUUGUCAAACGCCUCUUCUGCCUGCAGAGGGCAGGCUGUGCUCUCCCAAGAGCAGUGGAGCAAUUUCACUACCUGCUUUGGCCAGACCACGGAGUCCCCAGAAACCCUUCCCAGCUCCUGUGCUUGGUGGAGGUGGUGAACAAGAGGGUGUUGGAAGUGCCUGCUGGCCCGGUGUUGGUGCACUGCAGUGCAGGGAUCGGACGCACAGGUACCUUCAUCGCCCUGGACUUCCUCUUGAAGAUGGGGAAGGCAGAGGGGAAGGUGGAUGUGUUCCACUGCGUGCAGCAGCUGCGGGAGCAGCGGKUCAGCAUGGUGCAGACCAAGGAGCAGUACAGCUUCCUGUACGAGGCGCUGCUCGAAGGCUUGCUCUGUGGCAACACCGGGGUCCCAGUGGAGAGCAUCGCUGCCCUUGUACACUCCCUUCAAGAAGAUGAGACCUCAGGCCACAACCGUGUCCUAGAGAAGGAGUUCAAGGCCCUGCAGAGGUUUUCUGAGUUGUUCCAGCUCCUGCCAUGCAGAGAAGCAGAGAAACCCAGAAACCAGCCCAAGAACCGCAAGCCAGGGAUCCUGCCAGCGGAUUCCUGCCGGCCCAUCCUGAUGUCGUCGGUGAACGCAGACGGCUCGCCAGCUUACAUCAACGCCGUGUUUGCCAGCACGUACACCGAGGAGGAGAGAAUCAUMAUCACCCAGCUGCCUUUCCCCACCACGCUGGUGGAUUUCUGGGCUCUGGUCUGGGAUUACACCUGCACAUCGGUGGUUGUGUUGAAUCAGCUCCAGGAGCUGGACAAGACAUAUGUGCAGUUCUGGCCCACCCAGGGUGAAGAUGACUAUGGCCGUUUCCAUGUCCAGCUGAUCUCAGAGGAGCCUGGGGCUGGCUUCACAACCUGGACACUUGUCCUCACCAACAGGCAGCAGCCCAAGAAAUCUGCAGUGGRAGUCCAGUUACAUCAACUGACAGACUGGCCCAUGCAGCAGCAUCUUCCCCCGCACCCUGACACUAUCAUCAGCUUGUUGGGGAAGGUGGAGACCCACCAUCGGCAGAGCCAAGAUGGACAUAUCCUUGUCACCUGCUGGGAUGGAGCCAGCCGGAGUGGGAUCUUCUGUGCUGCUAGUUUCCUGUGUGAGCAGAUCCAAAGCGAGGGCAUGGUGGAUGUAUCCCAGGCUGUGAGGAUGCUGAAGAGGCGGCGGAGACAGUUCAUUAAAGAUGUGGAGCAGUACAGGCUCUGCUAUGAACUAGCCCUCAGUUACUUGAAUUCAUUUGAAACCUACGGGAAUUUCAAGUAGGAGUAUGACCACAGCACAUCUCUGGACAAGACUUUGACUCCCUCGACAGUCUUUCAUCAGUAACAGGGGAAGCAAGAGGAAACUAAAGGGAUGUGCAUGGUCCCAAGAUGCUUUACUCCCCUGAAAAUCACCCUAAGAGUCAUCUGUGGUUGGAGAGCAUAGGCUGGACUGUCUCCAAAUUGUGGCCAGGUUUUGAAAGGGGAGCCUGACCCUUUGCCCUGCAUUUGUGCAGGAACUUACCUAGAAUCACAGCCUGAGUAUGCAGACCAGAGCAGAGGCACCAGGACUUGACCUAUCCUUCCUGGCCAAGGAUGAAGAGAACAUCCAAGUUCCCUUGUCCCUUCAGGWAGCCCCAAGGAAAAUGAAGUAGCACCAAUACCCACAUUGUAUUUGGUCAGGGAAGUACCAAACUGCUGUAAGAUCCAUGGUGCUCAGGUGCACAGGAUCUCUGUCCUACUUUGUGAGAAACCUGAAGUCCAAGGCCAACAAGAGCCAAGGACAGGACAACCUGCAGGGCUAAACUGGUCCUUCCAACCCCACAAAAUCUCUUCCUGGAGCUCCAUAUUCCUGGGGCUCCUCCAGGGAGACUCUCUAAUCAGCCUGUGUUGACUCUACCAUGGCAAAUCCAGGUUAUAGUGGCUCAACUUGAGUAUCCUGAAUGUGCUUCAAGCAGCACCACAGAGGUUCUGUGGGAGACCUCAAAACCAGGAGUGAGCCCAUGGCUCUCUGUCCUAUUUCUCACCAAUAAAGGCC